CUACACAAUCCCCGUCUCACCAAUAUGGAGUCAAGCCCGAUGGUCGAGAAGAUGUUGCUGGUAGACGAGGCUAAGCAGGCUGAGAAACCUGUUGCCAGUGGCGACGCCGCCGCCGUGGCCGCCCCGCCUGUCCAGCCGGAAGCAUCAAGCUCCCGCCCGCCACGCCAGAGCAAGGAGGACGAGCCCCAGGAGCCGCUCGAGGAGCUCCUUCGCCGGCGAACAACAAUCAUUAAGGAGGGUGAUAACGUUCUGCUCCGUCUUCCCAGCGACACUGUCAAGGCGGUAGUCGCGACAAAGGAGGGUCUCGUGCAGCUGGGCAAGUUCGGCGCAUUUCCCGCCAAGUACCUCGUCGGCCUGCACUACGACAUCACCUACGAGAUUGUGCCAAACCCUGACGCGCCCGCCGACGCCGAUGAGGCCGAGGUUGGGGAGGAGGCGGUUUUUGGGCAGGCGAAGGGGAAGAAGAACAAGAAGAAGGGCGCGAAGAAGGGCGGCAAGGGUGACGCACCUGGAUUCAAGAAUAUGCUGCGGCCCUUGCGGCCGCGCGGCAUGGUUGAUGCUGUCAUAGACGACAUCAAGGAGACGAACGAGUUCAUCGACGACUCCGAGGAGAACCGAGGCGCCCUCUUGACGCAGGAUGAGAUCAACGAGCUCAAGGCGCAAGGCGUUGGCGCGGAGGAGAUGAUUCGGCGGCAGAUGGAGAGGCAUGAGCAAUUUGAGCUCAAGACCGACUUUAGCAAGGAGAAGUGGCGCAAGCGGAAAGAGAAGAAGUAUCUGCAGACUAUUCACCCUCUUGCGCCAUCAAGCAUCAACGUCGUGAACCACUACGCGCAGCGGUCAGCGCAGAGCAUUCUCUUCCUGCGCGAGGACACCCUCUCGCAGCUCCUUAACCUGAGCAAUGUCCGCCCCGGCGGCCGCUACCUCGUGGUGGACGACACCGGUGGCCUGGUGACGGCAGCUCUCGCCGACCGCAUGGGCUGCGAGGGCCGCAUCCUACUCUUCACGGACGCAGACUCGCCGCCCGCGUGGGGCGUGCUCAAUGUCAUGAACUUCAGCGAGCGCGAGCUUGCGUGCAUCAAAUGGCUGAACUGGAUGGAAGCCGAUGAGGAGUAUGAGCGCCCAGCGCCACCAGGAGAGGACGGCAUGCCGGCUAUCGCCGAGGCGAAGACGGCGGCCAGGUUGAGACGCCAUCGAGCUCAGGUGGCCGAGUUGAACGCGACGCGCGCCGAACUGCACGCUGGCGGAUGGGACGGAAUUGUCCUCGCCACCGAGAUGUCACCCAUCUCCGUUAUUAACCGCCUCACGCGUUAUCUUGUUGGCUCGGGGACACUCACUGUGUACUCGCCGUUCCAACAGGUGCUUGCCGAGACGCUCCAGUACCUUCGCAAGAACCCUCAUUACCUCGCCACGCAGCUCACCGAGUCAUGGUCCCGUACAUAUCAGGUGCUUCCGGGACGCACCCACCCACUUAUGACGACGAGCGCAAUGGGAGGGUAUCUUCUUCACGCAACUAGCGUGUGAGUCUGAAGGGCUGUUAGCCUCGAUGAAGCUGACAGCAGAAUUCCAUCUUCUUUCGUGCAGGAGAGCCACCAGCGGCAUAUCAAGCGGCGGAAGAAGGCCAAUGGCGCUGCAGAGGGAGCAGGCGAGGCCAAGGAGGAGUAGCAGUAGUUGAUCAUGCUUUGCAUAUGGGUUCAUGGG